AUGGGCACCCCCAGAUACUUGGAUGGGCUACUGCAGCACACGCCCAAACCAAAACUGAGUGGACGAACGUCAAGCCCGUUUCAUUUUGCAAAGCAACAACUAUUUAAGGUGGGCCAUCAGAAAGUAAGCAUUGAUGUGGAUCUAUCUUGCAACUCGAUAGAGGGAGUUACUGAACUCAGUGUGAUACCGUUGUCCAAAACCCUAAAAGUCAUCAAGUUGGACUGUCGUGAGUUGAGGAUAAAGGAAGUCUAUAUCAAUGGUGCGCUUAAUACAAACUAUUUAUACGAUGACUUAUUAUUUGUUAAUGAUUCUACUAUUACAAAGAAGGCCCUUGAGAAUAACGAAGUCAAUGUUCUUGAUCUUUAUUCCGACAAGGUUGACAUUCAUCAGCACCAUUUCAUCAAAAGAAAGUUGAACUAUAUAUUUAGCGAGCGGUACACAUCUGAAGAUAACGAGGAUGCCUAUGCACCUGAGCAAAGGACGCAGGAGCUCAAAAUACUACUACCGGAAAACUUGAAAUUUGAGCCAACCGAUUUAGAUUCCAUCAUGACACCCCAUGGCAGUCAACCAAAUACUAUGACUCCGACCCAUUUGAAAUCUAAGCACACAGUCAACGAAGUCUACAAACCAAUCGAUAUCAAGAUUGUCUAUGAGUUGAGAAAUCCCAAGAACGGGGUAAACUUUAUUACCAAUGACGAUAUUGAAAAAAACCUUUGGCAUGCAUAUACUACAAACUCAGAAUAUAACGUUUCAGCUUCUUCUUGGGUGCCAUGUCUCGACAACUUCAAUGACCGAUGUACAUGGUCAUUAGAAGUGAGUGUUCCACGGACAUUAAAAGAUAUCGGCAAUCCAAGGAUAAUAGGCUCGAAAGAAGCCAUAGCAUACCAGAAGCGUGCCAAAAAUGCCAUUUCGAUUGAAGACAACGAACUUGACAAUGAGGACAAGGAAAAAGAUGACGGAAACCCAGAAUUGGUUGUUUGUUCAUCAGACACAAACAAUGUGAAGGAAUCUCCACACCCAAUUGACUUGUCUAAGAAAGUAGCCUCAUGGUCCAUUUUCAAUCCAGUAUCGGCACAUCACAUCGGUUGGGCUGUGGGAUUUUUUGAGAGCAUUAUUUUGAGUGAUGAGUCCCAGGUGACCGCAAGUGACGAUUUCAAUACCAUGGAUUAUGAUGAUGAGUUUACUGACAAAGACAGUUCGAAUUCCCAGGUGACCAUUUAUGCCUUACCGUCUGACAAGGAGCUAGCCAGGAACACGUGUCUGAUUGUAAGCAAAGCAUUAACCUACUAUCUGAGUGAGUUUGGCUCCUACCCAUUCAGCUCGUAUGUGAUUGCAUUUGUCAAACAUUCACCUGUCAAAAGCAAUGGCUUUGCUGGCUUGUCAAUCUUGUCAACAUCAUUGUUUUAUCCGCCGGAUUUGAUAGAACCCAUGUUUGUGUCAACGGAUAUAUUGCUUACGAGUAUCGCCUCCCAGUGGUCCGGAAUCAAUAUAGCUCCUCACUCGUUUGAUGAUAUUUGGUGCACUUUGGGCAUAGCGGGUUUCAUGGCAAUUUCGUACAUUCAAAAGUUAAUGGGAACCAAUGAGUUUCGCUUCAAAUUGAAGGAGCUUGUGCAUACUAUUGUGGAUCAAGAUGUUGACAAGAGACCUAUUGCGCAUCCGUUUUUGAAGUUUCCUGUCUCUGAUUUAGACUUGGAAUUUAUCAAGUUGAAAUCCCCUGUUGUACUUUUUAUAUUGAACAAUCGAAUGAUAAAGACUGAUAAAUCAUUUGGUCUAUCAAGGGCCAUACCAAAGCUUUUCUUACAGGCAUUGUCAGGAGAUUUACCCAAUGGUACUUUGAGCACUGACCACUUUCAGUAUGUAUGUGAAAAAGUGAAUCGAAAUAAGUUGGAUGCAUUUUUCAAGCAAUGGGUAUUCGGUUCUGGCGCUCCUAGUUUCAAAAUCACUCAGCGUUUCAACAAGAAGAAGGGAAUGAUUGAAAUGACGAUAAGACAGGUGCAGCAUCAUGAAAAUAAAACGGUACGACUAGAUGCGGAGUCCUUUAUUGAUGAUACCUUGUGCUACAUCAACCGAGAGCCAUUGUCUCAAAGACAAAAUGUCUUUACUGGUCCAAUGAACAUCAGAGUCCAUGAGUCUGAUGGUACUCCUUACGAGCAUAUCAUUCAUAUCAAAGAGAUGAAAACCACAAUAGACAUACUGUUGUCUAAGAAGGUUCGUAAAAUUAAAAAGAAGGAUGAAGGGGUAGAUCCUGGGAUCAAUUUCAAUCAAUUUGGGGAUAUUCUCACCAGUGACGAGGAUAUGAGACGAUGGGGGUUGCAAAAUUGGGAAAGCAGAGAUGAGGAAUCUUUGAGCUCUGAGCCUUUUGAAUGGAUUCGGGGUGACAUAGACUUUGAAUGGAUCGCCAAGAUUGAUGUAUUGCAACCUGACUUUAUGUUUGGGUCCCAGCUCGUUUAUGAUAGAGAUGUGGGGGCGCAAUAUGAUGCAUUGCGAUAUUUUGGAAACUUUGAGAAACCAUCAGUAAUUUAUUGCACGGCGCUAGUACGAACGUUGUUGGAUGAGAGAUAUUUCUAUCGCUUGAGAAUUGCUGCUGCCCAAGCACUUGCUUCGUGCUCAAAUGCAGCAAAUGACUUUCUUGGCAUGAAAUAUCUUAUCAGAGCAUACAAGCAUCUUUAUUGUUUCCCUGACAGUUCGAUACCUAAAUCAAACGAUUUUAGCGACUUUAGAUCAUUUCUUAUUCAAAGAGCGAUGCCCAAUAUUUUGUGCCAUAUCACGGAUGAUGAGGGCAGAGUACCCAAAGAGGUUCAGGAGCUUUUGUUCAAUUUGGUAAAGUUCAACGAUAAUGCACUUAAUGAAUACCAAGACACUUUAUACUUGUCUGAACUCAUCAAGGCAUUGACAACUAGUGCUAUCAGCGGAUGGAGGAAUGACGACUCUGUCGAAACAAAUAACCAUGAUUUUUCUCAAAGAGUUGAUUUCGAGAUUACAAGGUUACAAAAACUUGAUGAAUGGAGACCAUCUUAUCAAAAGAUACUACAAAUUACAUGUUUCAAAUGCAAAGUGCAGAUGGCUCUAUGUGGAGCAGUUCCGCCUUCGCUAGAGACGAUGUUGAUGGCGACUGUUGAUAAGUAUCCCAUGGACUUACGAGCCGAAGCAUUCAAGGGUCUUUUGUUAUUAAGUGAUUUAAGAUCAUCACCAAUUCUUGACUAUUUUCUCAAGGUGUGUUUGUUAAACUUCCAUCGUCCUUUGUACACUAGAAAAUUGGUUGGCGUUUUACUCGAAUCAAUCACACUUAUUGCCCUUCAAGGACGUUUUGUAAACCUUGGUAAGUCUGUCAAAGACAAUCAACAACCUGGCUCAACCGAGUCAAACAUGAUCAUCAUUGAUGAGGGAACAAAUUCAGAUAUGAAGGCGAAACAUGAUUUACUUGCUAGAGCUACUUUGAAGGGUUCGAUUGAAUUGUUGAGACGUGAUUAUUCAAAUAUCGAAUGUUUGAAAAAUGUGUUUUGGAUAUGCUUGCACUCCUCCUUAUUGAGCAACUACGUAAAGCGUAAUUUGUUCUUGAUGGCGGAAGUCCUUUAUGAAGAACACGAUACGCUUUUGGUGAAACUACCCGUACCAAGUUUGCCAUUGAAAGAGUUUAAAAAGAAGGUUGUGGCAAGGAAUAUGGGAGACGGCCAAGUUGUUUUAAGAAGAGAGGGGAGAUUCAAGAUUCAAUUGGUGUCACGCAAGUCACUGGUUCAUCCAACCAGCAAGAAGCCUCAAAAGCAGGAAGAUGUUGCGAAACCAAAACCGAAACCGAAACCGUCCUUCAAAAUAUCAUUCAAGUUACAGCAGGAUACCCAGAAUGAUGAGAAAGAAAUAUACACCAAUGGCCAGUCAGCGUUACCGUCGUUAGUGAAGUUCGAUCCAUCACACUCCCAAGUCCUGAUCAAAUUACCAAGCCAUGUGCUAAGAACCGUUGCCAAUACACGCAUUGCCGCCCAGCCAGAAUCCUUGGUGUCUAUUGAUGGUACAGUUGUUAAAAUUAAUUUCCAAAAAACACUUGAAAGAUAA